AUGCCCUUGUCAGAAUUCAAUAGUCCAUCUCAUCAUCGACAAGAUAGCAUCUCUUCAUUUGAUGAACAUUUUGAUGACUCUUUGGAUGCAGCAUUGGCAAAUUUAGAAGAAAAUCCAUUUUUAAAUCGUUCAAAUCAAAGUUUAAGAAAUUCAGAAAGUCAAAAUAUACCAUUACAAAAUAUGAAUGAACAAAUUUCAAAUCAACAUAAAGAUUCUAUGGAUGAAUUAUUACAAGAUGAUAAUUCUCCACUGAUUAAUAAUGAUCAUACAAAUAAUACUUCCAAAAAUGGAAAUUGGUCAAAAGGGUUUUCAAAUUUAUUUAAAUCAUCAAAAUCUAAAAAUUCUUCAUCAGUUAGAUUAACUGAUAAACAUACAGAAAGAGAAAUUUAUCCAGGAGUACCGAACCAAAAAUUCCCUAAUAAUGCUAUUUCAAAUGCAAAAUAUAAUCCAAUAACGUUCAUACCAUUAAUUCUUUAUGAACAAUUCAAAUUCUUUUUUAAUCUUUAUUUCUUAUUAGUUGCAUUAUCACAAGCCAUUCCUGCAUUAAGAAUAGGUUAUUUAUCAUCAUAUGUUGUCCCAUUAGCUUUUGUUCUAACAGUUACAAUGUCAAAAGAAGCAUUGGAUGAUAUACAGAGAAGAAGAAGAGAUUCAGAAGCAAAUGGUGAAUUAUAUGAAGUUAUUGGGAAAUCAAAAUUAGUACCAAGUAAGAAUUUAAAUGUUGGUGAUUUAAUUAAAUUAUCAAAAGAUACAAGAAUUCCAGCUGAUGCAAUUUUAUUACAAUCAAGUGAAAAUUCUGGUGAAUCAUUUAUCAAAACUGAUCAAUUAGAUGGUGAAACUGAUUGGAAAUUAAGAAUUGCAUCUCCUUUAACACAAAAUUUAUCAUUAGAUGAAUUAAAUAAUAUAAAUAUAGUUGCAUCUGCCCCGGAAAAAUCAAUCCAUUCAUUUUUAGGGAGAAUUUCAUAUAAUGGACAAACAACUGGGUUAACUGUUGAUAAUACAUUAUGGGCUAAUACCGUGUUAGCUUCAGGUACUGCAAUUGGUUGUAUUGUAUACACUGGUAUAGAUACUAGACAAGCCAUGAAUAUGACAAAAUCCGGUGUUAAAACUGGUUUAUUAGAAUUAGAAAUUAAUAGAAUUUCUAAAAUUUUAUGUGUUUGUGUUUUCGUUUUAUCAUUUGGUCUGGUUUCUGUUCAUGGUUUUAAAGGAACUUGGUAUGUUGAUGUUAUGAGAUUCUUAAUUUUAUUUUCCACAAUUAUUCCAGUUUCUUUAAGAGUUAAUUUAGAUUUAGCAAAAUCAGUUUAUGCAUAUCAAAUUGAACAUGAUCAAGAAAUUGAAGAAACUAUUGUUAGAACAAGUACAAUUCCUGAAGAUUUGGGAAGAAUUGAAUAUUUAUUAUCUGAUAAAACUGGUACGUUAACACAAAAUGAUAUGGAAUUGAAAAAAUUACAUUUAGGUACUGUUUCUUAUGCUGGUGAUACUAUGGAUAUUGUUGCAGAUUAUGUUGCAGAUAUUGAAGGUAAACAAACAGUUGCAGCAAAUAAAAGAGAUUUGGGUACAAGGGUUCGUGAUUUAAUUUCCACUUUAGCUAUUUGUCAUAAUGUUACACCAACGAUUGAAGAUGGUGAAAUUUCAUAUCAAGCUGCAUCUCCUGAUGAAAUUGCAAUUGUUAAAUUUACUGAGCAAGUUGGAUUAUCAUUAUUUAAAAGAGAUCGUCAUAAAAUCACUUUAGCUCAUGAAGCAACUCAUGAAAAUUUAUCUUAUGAUAUUUUACAAGUUUUCCCAUUCAAUUCAGAUACAAAGAGAAUGGGUAUAGUUAUUCGUGAUUUGCAAAAAGAUGAAUUAUGGUUUUUGCAAAAAGGUGCUGAUACAGUGAUGACUUCAAUUGUACAAAGUAAUGAUUGGUUAGAUGAAGAAACAAGUAAUAUGGCUAGAGAAGGGUUACGUACUUUAGUCAUUGGUAGAAAAAAAUUAACACCAAAGUUAUAUGAAACUUUCAAAGAAAAAUAUUCAGAAGCUUCUUCUUCAAUGAUUAAUAGAGAUGCUGAAAUGCAAAAAGUUUUAUUACAAUAUUUGGAACAUGAUUUAGAACUGCUAGGUUUAACAGGUGUUGAAGAUAAAUUACAAAAAAAUGUAAAAUCAUCAAUUGAAUUAUUAAGAAAUGCAGGUAUAAAAAUCUGGAUGCUUACUGGUGAUAAAGUUGAAACUGCUCGUUGUGUUUCUGUUAGUGCAAGAUUAAUUUCAAGAGGUCAAUAUGUUCAUACAGUUACUAAAAUGACAAAAGUUGAAGGUGCAAUGAAUUCACUUGAAUAUUUAAGAGUUAAUAGUAACUCAUGUUUAUUAAUUGAUGGUGAAUCAUUAGGCCUAUAUAUGAAACAUUAUAGACAAGAAUUUUUUGAUAUCGUGGUUCGCUUACCAUGUGUUAUUGCAUGUCGUUGUACACCACAACAAAAAGCUGAUGUUGCAUUAUUAAUCAAAGAUAUUACUAAAAAAAGAGUUUGUUGUAUCGGUGAUGGUGGUAAUGAUGUUAGUAUGAUUCAAAGUGCAGAUGUUGGUGUUGGUAUUGUUGGUAAAGAAGGUAAACAAGCUUCAUUAGCUGCUGAUUUCUCUAUAACACAAUUUUGCCAUUUAACCACUUUGUUAUUAUGGCAUGGCCGUAAUAGUUAUAAGAGAUCUGCUAAAUUAGGUCAAUUCAUUAUGCAUAGAGGUUUAUUAAUUUCAGUUGCACAAGCUAUUUUUUCAAUCACUUCAGCUUAUGAACCAAUUGCUUUAAUUACAGGGUUUUUAAUGGUUGGUUAUGCAACUUGUUAUACUAUGAUGCCCGUUUUUGCAUUGGUUUAUGAUUAUGAUGUUACAAAAGAAGUCUGUUUUGUUUUCCCAGAACUUUAUCAUGAAUUAACUUCUGGUAAAUCAUUAAGUUAUGUUACAUUCUUUGUUUGGUGUGGAAUUUCUUUAUUUCAAGGUAGUGUUAUUCAAUUAUUUUCACAAUUUUUCACAAGUAUAAAUGAAAUUGAUUUCACUAAAAUGGUUGCUUUAUCAUUUACAGGUAUGGUUUUAAAUGAAUUAGCCAUGGUUGGUAUUGAAGUUCAUUCAUGGAGUAAAAUUAUGGUUUUUUCAGAAGUUGCAACAUUAGGUUUAUUUGUUGGUUCUGUUCCAUUCUUAUCUGAAUAUUUUGAUCUUGAUUUUAUGACUAAUGGGAAAUUCUAUUGGCAAUUAGUAGUUAUACUAAGUGUUUCUAUAUUCCCAAUUUGGUUAUCCAAGAUCAUCUACAAAAAGAUCUAUCCUCCAAAUUAUGCCAAAGUUCAAGGUUAUUAA